AUUUCCCUUCCCAAGAUGGCAACCCGCCCCGGGCAGGUAUCCAUAGUAACCAUCCACUGGAAGGGGCGUGGAAACCGAGAUACGUGGCUUGACGCAUUAAAGCCGCUUCCAUUUUGCCGGCGUAGGGUCAGGAAUAGUCGCCAUUUUAUGCUGAGACUCGGGUGUAGUGAGAUAGGCGGGGAAGAGGACAGUUCACGGUACCGCAGCCGUCCUGCUUUUAUCGGGGGAAGCCCAAACGCGUUCAAGACUCCAGAGUCGCUCGGUUCGCCAGACUUCAAGAUGGCCGCCCCGUCUGCAUCUAAAGUUGUGCUAAAGAGUACCACAAAGUUUUCCCUGAAUGAGCGCUUUACUAACAUGCUGAAGAAUAAACAGCCGAUGCCGGUGAAUAUCCGCGCCAGCUUGCAGCAGCAGCACACGGCCAGUGCUAGGAACAGAAGACUUGCUCAGCAGAUGGAGAACAGACCGUCUGUGCAGGCGGCCCUCAAGCUCAAACAGAGCCUAAAGCAGCGUCUCGGUAAGAGCAAUAUCCAGGCCAGGCUAGGAAGGCCGAUGGGAGGCUUUAUGCGUGGAGCCAUAGGAAUGAGAGGAGCCGGAAUGGGACUACGCGGAGCACAGAGAGGGAUGAUGCGCAUUGGUCGUGGGGGUAGAGGAAUGGCCAGGGGAUCCAUGGCGAUGAGGGGGCAGAACCUCCGAGGUCGAGGUGGAGUAGCCAGAAUGGGACUGAGGAGAGGGAUGAGGGGCCGAGGGGGUCCUGGCAGGGGAAUGAUGAGAGGGGCCAUGGGCCGAGGAGGAAUGGGUGGAAGAGGAGGAAUGGGUGCAAGAGGUCGCGGGGGAAUGACCAGAGGAAGAGGCUUUGGAAGAGGCAGAGGACGAGGGAGAGGAAGGGGUUUGACCCGCCCAGUUAUAACAAAGGAGCAGCUGGAUAACCAACUUGAUGCCUACAUGUCUAAAACUAAGGGGCACCUGGAUGCCGAGCUGGACGCCUACAUGGCCCAGGCAGACCCCGAGUCCAACGACUGAAUGUUUUUAUAAGGAAUAGACUGUUACCAGCAUGCACACGCCUGUGCCACGUCUCCUUUUGGUACCGCCCCCUGGUUUUAUUGUUCCUGUUACAUUUUCAUACUUUUUUUUUUUUUCUCAAUUUUAUUAACCAUUGAAUGUACAGAGGCGAGCAACAGGUCAGCUUUCAACAGCUGGCACACUAAAGGUUCUCACAGCUCUGUGCCCAGUCCUUAGGUUCUAUUUGCCGUCAUUUUGUGCAAAGUUUACGUUGCCCCUUGGUAUGCUGCUGCUGCACUUGUAUACCACUUAUAAAGUUUUGUGCGUUUGUAAAA